AUGGCUGCGGAGGUUCGGAGGGCCCUCGGCCGGGGCUGGAGUCUGACUGUCGGCCUGGCUCAUGUAGGCCUUCACGGCACCGCACUGCGAUCUCUGCUCUUCAUCACAGCCCUCAGUGGAUUGCUGCGUCUGCCCGCGGCCACCGAAGCGAAGGAGUGCGAUAAGCCGUGCCUGAACGGCCAGUGCAGCGCAGCCAGCGGCGCGUGUGUGUGCGAGACGGGAUGGGUCGGGGAGCAGUGCCAGCACUGCGGCGGCCGCUUCAGGCUAACGGGACCUUCAGGCUACCUCUCUGAUGGACCAGGAAACUACAAAUACAAGACCAAGUGCACGUGGCUCAUUGAGGGACAGCCAAACUCAAUCCUGAGGCUUCGCUUUGAGCAUUUUGCCACCGAGUGCAGCUGGGAUCAUCUGUAUGUGUAUGAUGGAGACUCCAUCUACUCCCCUUUACUCGCCGCCUUCAGUGGUUUGAUUGUUCCUGAGAGCUACAGCAAUGAGACCGUUCCAGAGGUGGUGGCUCAUUCUGGCUUCACCCUGCUGCACUUCUUCAGUGACGCUGCCUAUAAUCUCACCGGGUUCAACAUUUCCUACAGGUUGAAUACAUGUCCCAAUAACUGCUCUGAUAGAGGAGAGUGUCGUGUGGGAAACUCUAGCGAGUCUGUGCAGUGUGUGUGUGAGGAUGGCUGGAAAGGAGAGGCUUGUGAUGUACCCUACUGUUCCUCCGACUGCGGCUUUCCUCUGCGAGGACAGUGUCACAACAGCACCAAACGCUGCCUCUGCAAACCAGGAUGGCAAGGCCUGGACUGUUCAAUAACUGUACCAGCGAAUGUCUCGUUCUGGACUCGUGAGGAAUACAGUGGAUAUGGUUUAGUGCGGGCAUCCCAUAAGGCUGUGGUUCAUGAAGAUGUGAUGUGGGUUAUAGGAGGACAUGUGUUCAACUACACACACUACCAGAUGGUGACUGCGUUCAACAUCUCCUCUCAAAGCUGGAUGACAUUAAACCGGUCUGUCCACUCUGUAACUGGACGCUACGGUCAUUCUCUGUCUGUGCACGAGGAUAAAAUCUACAUGUACGGAGGGAAGAUUGACUCCACAGGAAACGUGACGUCAGAGCUGUGGGUUUUCCACACGAGGAACCAGUCAUGGGUUCUGCUCAGUCCCCGAGCUAAAGAGCAGUAUGCAGUUGUGGGUCACUCAGCACACACUGUCCAACUCAAUCCUGAUGGAUCCGAGCCUGUCAUACUGGUGGUGUUCGGGCACUGCCCUCUUUAUGGAUACAUCAGCCAAGUGCAGCAGUACAAUAUAGUGAAGAACACAUGGAGUGUUUUGGAGACUCGUGGAGCACUGGUUCAAGGUGGCUAUGGGCACAGCAGUGUUUACGACCCUCAGACCCGCUCCAUCUACAUCCAUGGAGGCUACAAAGCCUUCACUGCUAAUAAAUACGGCUUGGCUGGUGACCUGUACCGAUAUGAUGUGGACGAGAGAAAGUGGUUGAUUCUGAGGGACAGUGGGUUUUUCCGAUACCUCCACACAGCAGUGAUAGCUGGCGGGAACAUACUAGUGUUUGGAGGGAACACGCACAACGACACCUCAAUGAGCCACGGGGCAAAGUGCUUCUCCUCAGACUUCAUAGCCUACAACUUGGCUUGUGAUGAGUGGACUGUUCUGCCCAAUCCAGAUCUUUACCAUGACGUCAACCGUUUUGGCCACUCAGCUGUGUAUCACAAUGGGGUGAUGUACGUGUAUGGAGGCUUUAACAGCCUGAUGCUGGGCGAUGUGCUGAGGUUCACCCCGGCGAGCUGUGCUGCUUUCUCCGAGCAUCUGGAGUGUGUGACGGCUGUGCCCGGCGUGAAGUGUGUGUGGAACUCUUCUACCUCCACCUGUGUGCCCUGGGACGCAGCGGCGCUCCUCGACAUGGAGGCUUUGAGGAACACCUGCAGUCCCAGAGGGUAUGCAGAUGGAGAGAAGUGUGAGCAGUAUUCCGACUGCUACAGCUGUACAGCCAACACCAACAGCUGCCAGUGGUGCUCUACGCUCUGUGUGUCCAGUCACAGUAACUGCACCAGUUCUCCAGGAGGGAUAAUGGAGUACGAGGCCUGUCCAAAGGAUAACCCCUCCUCUGUGUGCAGUAAAAGGACCAGCUGUAAAAGUUGUGCCACAGAUCAGAACUGCCAGUGGGAGACCAGGAAUCAAGAGUGCACCACCCUGCCUGGGAAUAUCUGCGGGGAGAGUUGGCACCUGGUGGGGAACUCGUGUUUGAAAUUGAUGACCGCUAAGGACUCGUAUGACAAUGCUAAGCUGGUGUGUCGAAAUCAACAGGCGGUGCUGGCAUCCCUCACCACACAGAAGAAAGUCCAAUUCGUCCUCAAAGAGAUGCACAACCGAUCAUUGCAGUCUAAAGCAGUGAUCACUCCGUGGGUCGGCCUGAGGAAGAUCAAUGUGUCGUAUUGGUGUUGGGAGGAUAUGUCGCCCUUCACCAACUCCACUCUGCAGUGGCUGCCCGGUGAACCCAGCGACGCAGGGUUUUGUGGGUAUUUGGCUGAACCCACUUUCAACGGACUGAAGGCGGCGACCUGUGUCAACUCUGUCAAUGGGAGCCUGUGUGAACGACCCACGAACCACAGUGUGAAGCAGUGCCGGACCCCCUGUGCACUGCGCUCAUCCUGCAGUGAAUGUACCAGUGGGAGCUCUGAGUGCAUGUGGUGCAGUAACAUGAGGCAGUGUGUCGACUCCAACGCUUAUGUGCCCUCCUUCCCCUAUGGCCAGUGCAUGGAGUGGUACACUAUGAACAGCUGCCCACCGGAAAACUGUUCUGGUUACAAGACGUGUGGCCACUGUUUGGACCAGCCUGGAUGUGGGUGGUGCACUGACCCCAGUAAUACGGGCCGGGGUCAAUGUAUAGAGGGCUCUUACCGGGGUCCAGUCCAGACCCUGUUUCAUGCCCCGUCCACUUCAGGACCUUCCAUCCUUCCUGCUCCUCAGCCAAUGCUGAACGUGAGCUUGUGCCCAGUGGAGGGCAACUACAACUGGUCCUUCAUCCAGUGCCCAGCGUGUCAGUGUAAUGGCCACAGCUCGUGUGUGAAUGAAAGUGUGUGUGAGAGAUGUGAGGAUCUCACCACGGGCAAACAGUGUGAGAGCUGCAUCUCCGGUUAUUAUGGCGACCCCACAAACGGAGGCAGCUGUCAGCCCUGUAAGUGCAAUGGUCACGCAAGCAUGUGCAACUCCAACAAUGGCAAGUGUUUCUGUACCACCAAGGGCAUCAAAGGAGACCGCUGCCAUGUGUGUGAGGUGGAGAACCGCUAUCAAGGCAAUCCUCUGAAGGGAACCUGUUAUUACACUCUGCUGAUAGAUUACCAGUUUACCUUCAGUUUGUCUCAGGAGGACGACCGCUACUACACUGCUAUUAACUUUGUGGCAACUCCAGAUGAGCAAAAUCGCGAUCUGGACAUGUUCAUUAAUGCCUCGAAAAACUUCAACCUCAACAUCACAUGGGCAACCAGCUUUGCAGCUGGAACUCAAGCUGGUGAGGAAAUCCCUAUAGUCUCACGCAGCAACAUCAAGGAAUUCAAAGACAGUUUUUCCAACGAGAAAUUCGACUUCAGGAGCAACACCAACAUCACCUUCUACGUUUAUGUCAGCAACUUCACCUGGCCAAUUAAAAUCCAGAUCGCUUUCUCUCAACACAGUAACUUCAUGGAUUUGGUUCAGUUCUUUGUCACGUUCUUCAGCUGUUUCCUGUCUUUGCUUCUGGUGGCAGCAGUCGUAUGGAAGAUCAAGCAGAGCUGCUGGGCGUCUCGGCGCAGAGAGCAACUCCUGCGAGAAAUGCAGCAGAUGGCAAGCCGACCGUUCGCCACCAUCAACGUGGCAUUGGAGACGGACGAGGAGCCGCCGGACCUGAUUGGUGGAAACGUGAAGUCUGUACCAAAGCCCAUAGCUCUGGAGCCCUGUUUUGGGAAUAAAGCAGCAGUGCUCUCCAUCUUUGUUCGGUUACCCAGAGGCCCCGGAGGUAUUCCUCCUCCAGGACAGUCAG